CACGCUCAUUCCAGUUGGAGCACUUGUUGCGUGCGAAAACAUUCCGGCUAACGAAUUACAUCACCCGAGUGGCGGCGAAUAUAAUGUCUCCGCACGGUCGUCCUGGUUGGGCAUGGGGCUACCUCCUGCUCACCCUGGCACUGGCAUUCGCAUCCACCCACGGCUGGAUGGCCCACUUUCGUCCAGCAGCGCUUACGUUGCAGAUGGAGCGCGGGGAUCGGGUGCAGCUGAAGCUGGAGAAUGUGGCACCUUCCACGCUGCAGCAGUCGACGCGUUACCACUUCCGCCUAGAAAGUGUGGACACGGAUUUGGCCAGUGUGCCUGGCGAGAAUGCCACGAUAUCCCUGGAUGUAUUCGACACGGAUACACGCGACUGGACGGGUGACAUCGUGGUUAAUGGCCAUUUUCUGGGUCAGACCAAGAUCCAAGUGAAGCUGUACGACAGCCAACGAAACACCAGUGAACUGCCCACCAAUUGGAGCAACGACAGCACGCUGGACGUGAAGAUCAAGCGGCCGAAACGUAUGGUGGAUGACAUAUUCGUGGGCACGAUUAUACUGCUAAUGUCGCUGCUGUACAUCAGCUUUGGAGCCGCCUUAAAUCUGGACGUGCUGAGGGGUCUGAUCACCCGGCCAACCGGCCCGUGCAUCGGAUUCGUGAUGCAGGUGGUGGGCAUGCCUCUGCUCAGCUACGCCCUCGGCGUCUUCAUCUUCCCCCAGGCGCCGGCCAUGCAGCUGGGUCUCUUCUUCACCGGCAUCUCGCCCAGCGGCGGGACAUCGAACACCUGGUCCGCCGUUCUCGGCGGUAAUAUACAUCUCUCGGUGCUGAUGACCACCGUUUCCAAUGUGGCUGCCUUCGCCACCAUACCGCUGUGGACCAUCACACUUGGCCAGCUGAUCUUCGAGCGAGCGGGCAUCAAGGUGCCGUACGGCAAAAUCGCCUCCUACAGCAGCAGCCUGGUCCUUCCGCUCUUGCUCGGGCUGCUCGUCCAGAAGAAAAUGCCUCAGGUCGCCAGGGUGCUGGUCCGCCUGCUCAAGCCCGUUUCCGCCAUCAUCAUCCUUUUCAUCAUCGUGUUCGCGAUCAUCAACAACUUUUACCUGUUCUAUUUGUUCUCCUGGCAGAUCGUCGUCGCUGGCAUGGCUCUGCCAGGUCUGGGCUACAUCUUCGCCUUCCUGGCGGCCAAGCUGCUGCACCAAAAUGCAGCCGACGCCCUGACCAUCGCCAUCGAGACGGGCAUCCAGAACACGGGCAUCGCCAUCUUCCUGCUGACGACCACGCUGGAAUCGCCGGAGGCGGACAUCACCACGGUGGUGCCCGUGUCGGUGGCCGUGAUGACGCCGCUGCCCCUGCUGGGCAUCUAUCUGUACAACCGAUGCUGGGGCAACAAGCGAAUCAGCGAGGCCAGCGCCACCGCCUCCGAAGCGGAGCGGAUAGCUGGGGCAAUACAUUAGCAUUGCCAUGGCUAUAGCAUAUAGUUAUUUUUGUACAUAUUUGUUAUUUUGAUAACCCUUACAUCGUGGUAGCACGUAGACAAGGCUGAGAUAGAUGCUGGUUAAAUUUGGGACCAAGGAAUGCCGCAAAUCUCAAGCGUAUUAUACUCCAGAAUUUCCUACACCUAAGACGCACCCAACCCACUUGUUGGGAUAAUCAUUUUUUUUUUUUGUACAAUAAAAUUAACCUAUUAAUUUUUGCAAA